AUGCCCAAAAACAAACGGGCAUCAUGCGACCGUUGUCGUGAACAGAAAAGGCAGUGUGACCUUUCGUCACGUAUGGCGAGGCGAGAAGAAUGCUGCUCAAGAUGCGCAGAGCAGGGAAGCGAAUGCCAUUUUGAAAGGUCGGAAGAUAUCCUCCCACGCAAACGCCAAUGUUUGAAGCCAGAAAGCCAGCGCACGGGCUCCAGCUCGCGUCAAGAACGAGAUUUCUCUGUUGUCACUUCGCGGACCUCAUCGCGCCGUCUGGAUGUGGACCACGAGGCCACGAGCGCAGAUCACCGUGCAAGUAUUGGUCCUCUCAUCGAGCAUCGAGAUGCUCCUUUCUCAUCGCCAGAAAUUCCAUCCACAACGAUGUUGGUGGACGAAGCACUUGAAUACAGUCCGCAGUGUUCGAAAAGCCCUAUUGCACUUAGCUCUGAAGGGACUUCGUUCCUCCAUCGUGUCUUUUCCAACGAUCCUGAGCCACAUCCUUCGGAGCAUACACCACCCACUAGCAUGGGCCCGGGAAACCCGAUGUCUCGACCGCCAAUCUCAGAGAGAGGAUCCACCUUGGUGGUUCCGAAGCCCCCUUUACUCCACUUCAGAUCCACUGCUUUCGACUCGGCGAGAAGCGUUGUUUAUCAAUCAAUAUCAGGUCGCAAGGGUCGCUCUGCUAUGAAAUUAUUUGAGUGCCUUUUUAAGGUGCCCGGCUUCAACCUAAGGGACUGCUUGGAUUCGCUGCAUGCUUACUUUGAUUUCCCGGGCCUCUGUCGCCCGUUUAUUCCCGAAGAAGCAUUUUGGGAAGACUAUAAAGCAGUCCGAUGUAGUCCGGCCCUUAUAUUAGCUAUUGCAUGCCGCGGGAUACCUUUCACAGAGGCAACAGACAAGUGGGAAAAACAGCAACUUUUUGCUACCUCAUGUGUGAAAGAGCUUAUGAGGGCUAGAACCAAUAGGGCUGCCACCGAAACAAUGCGCCUGGAUGAUCUCGAAGCGAUGGCCCUCAUCAUCGAUUUCGAAUACGACGGCAGACAUGCAGGCUUCAACCGUUGCUGGAAGCCGUUCAUGACCCGUGAUGCUCUUGUGCUGAUGACCCUGCAAUCUCGCAAACGAGGACCAAUGAACUCCGAUCCUUCUGCAACACUGGCGCAUGCCGACGCACGCUUUGCACUUCUGUAUUGGCAUGUGUAUAGUCUGGAUUCAUUCAAGUGCCUUGAUUGCAAGAGCAUAUCUCUGAUCCCCAAUAACGCCUCGGGUCUGGCAAUGGAUCUUUCUGGAUAUCAAGCUGAAGGCUACCUUGAUGCGAUUCUGAGCUUGGCAAUUAUUGCGCGGCGCAUCAACCAGACGUUCUGCAAUGCCACAGUUAGAGGCAAGGGUAUUGAGUAUAGGGACGCUGAAAUACUCUACGAGCAGCUUUUCCACUGGCGCACCAGCAUUUUGCCUUCGGAUUUGCGACGACCAGUGGACAGAGGGGCUGAGUCCCCAGCGGAACACCGCGCCGUUAGGGAAUCUACUCCCAUACCUGCUAGCAGGCAGGUUCCUGUUCGUCGUGCAAUUUUGUGGGCUCUUGAAAUCAAUUGCUACUUGCAAAUCGACGAUUGUGUCGUCCAGUAUGGCUUUGAGGACAGAGCCUCAAUUCGCGCCAAGGCGAUGGCUCACCGUGUGGGGUAUGAGAGCCACAGGGUUGCGCUCGAAGCAGUCGAUUUGGCCAAUGUGAUUAGACACCGUCGUCCGGGGAACCAGGACGCCAAAAACGCCGAAGAAAGGCCGUUGGUUGAUAUUGCACCGUCUGUACUACGGGAUGUCUGCGCUAGAGCAUGUGGUUGGAUUUGUUUGCAUGAUGAAGACCCCUUAAAGCUACAGACUUCGCAUAUGUCAGCAAAUGUCAAACACGAAGUCCCUGUCCAAGCUUCGGGGGAAGAGACCAAGAGACGAAGGGCAGAUCUCGCCGAAAUGGGAAAGACGCUUCGGGAUACCGUGGCCGCAGCUUCAUCCCAUAGAGAUACGGAGAAGAUGGUUAAGCGCCUGGAUAGUCAACUAGCUAUUUUGCAGGCAGGUUAG